AUGCAGGAAUAAGUUGUUUAGAAUAAGUUGUAAAAAUGGAUGAAGAAUGCAUCUUAAUAGAAAAUGAAUAAAAUUACUGAGAGUAAGAAAUAUAAUAAAGAUACUGAAAAGAAAACAUUAAUAAAUGCAGAAGAAUUUAUGAUAGAACUUGAUAUACUAGAUUAAAAAUAAGAAAGGUUAUUGAAAAUUCCUAAGGGUUCAAUUAAUAAAGUAAACAAAAAAGAUUAGUGUAAGAUUAAAGAGAAGAGGAAAGAAAAAUUUUUUUUUUAAGACAUAGUUAAAGAAGUUGGUAAAUAAAAUAAAAUGAAUAAUAAAAAUUAAGAUUAGGAAUAAGAAAAAUAUUAAGAGGAUGAAAUUAAUUAAGAGGAAUAAAAAUAAGAAAAAGAAAAUAAAAUAAAAAAUGAUAGUUGUUGGAUUGAUAAAAGGAAAAAGGAUUGUUAAGAUUUAUCAAAUAUUUAAAAGACUUCUAAAAUAAUGAUUAUAUAGGAUGAUUCAGAUGAAAAAUAAACUGAAAAUACAAAUCAAGUUAUAUUGGAUAACAAUUAAAUAAAAAAGGAUAGUUAAAAUGAUAAAAUUGAUUAGUUUAAUGAAAUAAAAUAAGGAAAUAUUAUUGAGGAAUAGUUAGUUUAAAAAUUAGAAUCUUAACGUUAGUAAUAUGAGAAUUAACUUAUGAAAAUGAAUUAAUAAAAGCAUCCAAAAAUUUAGAUUUAAUAGAAUGUUAAUCUUAAAUAAGAUAAGAAAAUGCCAAUAAUGAUAGUAGAUGCUUUUAUGUAAACAGAUGAUACUAGUGAUAUAUAUGGUUAAGAAAUUCUCAAUUUAAUUUUAUUAGAAUAAAAUACAGUAUAUUAAUUGAGUUAACUUCAUGAGAAGAUUUUAAAGCUUCUUAAUAAUUAGAUUUGA